CGUGGAGGUCAUUCAUAAUUCACAACACUUGGAUAUAUAAACUAUUUAUUUAUUUCAUCAUGAAUAAAUCAGUAAAUGGGGAGAACAACAAUCAAGCAUACCUCGCGAGUAAAUUGCAACUAGCGGAUGCUCUGAGCGAUCGUCGGUUCUAGAGUACGGUAGAUCCAACCGAGCACCAUAAGAUUUGCUUUUUCCCAAGUCAGAAGCAAAUGAUAUCGUCUUCUAGAUGCAGAGCAUCAUUGUUGACGGAGACGAUCUUAUUAUUGUUCAAAAUCGUCAUUCGCAUCUACCUCGCCUACGAUUGGUGAUGACUUGAUAUAUACACAUGUUUUUGUCCACCAUUCUUGUACCGUUUGAGUCUUAUUUCUCGUGUUUUAGGCUGAUUUCACGCUAGGUUGUUCUUGUUUGUGAUAUUUCAUAUCCUAGUACGUGAAUGAAGGUUUGGGAACGAGUUUGGGGUCCAUUGGACGAAGAUUGAACGUUUGGCGAGAAGUUGAGGAAGCCACACGGGCACGCCUAAAAUUCCACACGGCCAUGUGACUUGGCCGUGUGGCACCACUUUGCACGGGCAAAUCACACUGGCCGUGUCUGGGACCCCUUGUGGUCGUGUGGAAAGUCCAGGGAGCUCACAUGGCCAGACGUAAUCCACAAGACCGUGUGCCUCUGGCCGUGCAGCAUGCCUGAAGUCCACUAACCGACAAGCGGUGUUUUGACUUCCACACGGGCAUACUGGAAAGCCACACGGCCGUGUGGCCAGGAAAUUCUGGGUUUUAACCCAAUUUCGAGCCAAAGGAAAGGGGGAGCUGGGUUUUGGUUCCCAAACACCCAAGGGACGAACCCUAGAGAGAGUGAGCGACUUGGGAACAUUCUUGGAGCUGUUUUGGAGGAUUUCUUCGCCAUUGGAGCUCGGGAAUCAAGCUUGAAGAUGGAGAUUGAAGAUCUAGAUCAGAUUUCUACAGUCUCUCUCUUCUUUAUGGAGUAACUUCCCUUCACUUAGGUUUUGAGGAACCCUAGUUCCAUGUGUUAGGAUCUUUCUUGUAUGAAGUUUUGAAUGCUAUAUUGUUUGAUUAUAAUCGAUUGAGGCAUGAUUUAUUGAGUCAAUUGAAUCCUGAUCAAAUUCUCUUGAUUUCUACUUUAACCUAUGAUAGAUAGAAUCUGAUUAGGUUAAGAGAGCUUCCUUGAUUGAUAGUGGUGAAUUGGUUGUGCAAGAGUCAAUCAAUUCACUGCUUUGUACUGGAAUUCAUUCCAGUAGUGGAGAUCUGUGUGAAUCGCCUUAGCAGUCUAUCCCGGUGAAGGCUAGUCGCCUGCCAGGUAUUCUCUCUAAGAGGGCUGGGUCAGCUUAAGAGAUUCCAAGCUAAUUUAGGAUCUUCCGCAGUUUAAUCAACAGUAGAUCAACCAAAGGUAAUUGCAACUUGGACCUAAUUGAGGAACUAGGGGGAAUCAUACCUAAGUGAGUUCCCAACUUGUAAUUAGUAGAGUAGUUUAGUAAAUCAAUCCUUAAUCUAGUUUGCUAGAUAAUGAACAGAAGUUGAGUAAAAGUAACUCUAGAGAUCCGUGGAUUCGAUAUUUAUUACUUGGGCCACUAUACUGUAGUCCCUUUCAUUGGUUACACUUGGCCAUUGUUAGGUGUUGUGUUUUAGCGUGUCAAGUUUUUGGCGCCGUUGCCGGGGAACUUUAUAGAUUAUUUGGAAAGGCAAAAGUUUGUUAAUUUAGCUUUCUUUCUGUUGUUUUUCUUUUCUACCAUUGCUUUUCACUCGGGUGUUUUUGUUUUUGUUGUUGCAGAUCUGAAUCAUGAAUCCUAAUGGCUUCUCCAACCAGUGGGGGUGUCCACCACCACCCGAGUGGUAUUACCCCGAGAUGUCCUGGAGCAAUCAAGGAGGAGAAGACUAUGGAUUCGGGUUUCAUUACCACCCCCCUUACUACGGAGAACAAUCAGACCCCUGGGCAUAUCAAGAACAACCUCCUUAUCAAGAAGAAUUCCUCCCACAACCAGAAGGGGCAUCAGAUCUUGAUAUAUCUACAGCCCUCACGGGUCAUCCGGUAGAGCCAUGCUACACUCCACAGCCAGAUCCAAGCUAUCACUUGAGGCUUCUCGUGGAGCAUAUUGCUCGAGUACCUGAGAGAUCCUUUCCCGAGAUGGAUCCUCAUAUCCAGGCCAUUGCCCAAACUGACUUCUCCUUUCCCCGUGAAGCAGAGGAUACCCUUCAGAGCAUAAAGAAGCACAUAGAGGUCAUUGAGAAGGCGUGUUCAUAGUUUUCUCAAGACAACCUUUAUGCUGCCAUACAAGUAAAGGAGGAGGAAGAAGAAGGCAAUCAUGAGGAUGUUGAGGAGUAUACACAAGUUGUCACGGAAAGCUCCAAUGAUAAUCAUGAUCAAGUGUAUCCUCUGGUGGUAGAUCACAACUUUCCCCAUUUCCGCUCUGGCAUGUUGGGCUCGAGCGAGGAGAUGCAAGCUGAACUUAUUGAGAACCUUGCAUGGCGACUUGCUCACCAAUCCGUUAUGGAAGAAGAAGAGAGAUAAAGGGUGAGGAAAGAA